GCUCCAGGACCCCAGGCACGCGCAUGCGCGGCGGGCCGGCCAGGUGAGAGGGAGGCGAUUGCCCCGCACCUGGGGUGUAACCCUUCGCAUUCACGGGUGUUGGAUGGAAUGGACGCAGAGGCUGGGAUGGAACCAGGGAGGCAAGUAGCGAGGACCAGCAGGCCGGACCCAUGAAUGGGGUUCAUAAUAAAGGUGCUAACAAAGAGAAUGUAAGACGGGAGAAAAACUAAAUAUUUUUACUGAGGUGGCUGGAACACAAUGGAUCACGGAGGGGCUCUAGACACCGAAGAUGAGCUGGGACCUCUAGCCCAUCUUGCUCCAAGUCCUCAAAGUGAAGCUGUUGCUCAUGAAUUCCAGGAGCUCUCCUUGCAGUCCAGUCAGCAUUUACCCUCUCUGAAUGAAAGGAAGAAUGGAAGUAUAGUCUUUGGGGAGUCAGGACUCCAGCCUCCUCUGCUGACUCAGUCUGUGAGUGUGGUGCUCCAGCUAAGGCUGCAACAAAGGAGGACAAGAGAACAACUAGUGGACCAGGGCAUCAUGCCACCUCUGAAGAGCCCAGCGGCAUUCCAUGAACAGAUAAAAAGCUUGGAACGAGCCAGAACUGAAAACUUCUUGAAACACAAGAUCCGGAGUCGACCAGAUCGUUCUGAACUUGUAAGGAUGCACAUUUUAGAAGAAACAUUUGCAGAGCCAUCUCUGCAGGCUACACAGAUGAAGUUGAAACGAGCUCGACUGGCUGAUGAUCUGAAUGAAAAGAUUGCUCAAAGACCGGGUCCUAUGGAGCUGGUGGAGAAGAACAUCCUCCCUGUGGACUCCAGUGUUAAGGAAGCAAUUAUAGGUGUCGGGAAGGAGGACGAUCCCCACACUCAGGGCGAUUUCUCAUUUGAUGAAGACAGUAGUGAUGCUUUGUCUCCAGACCAGCCCGCAAGCCAGGAGUCUCAGGGGUCAGUGGCGUCCCCAAGUGAGCCAAAAGUCAGCGAAUCACUGUCUCCAGUGACGACAAACACUCCAGCCCAGUUUACUUCAGUGUCCCCAGCAGUUCCUGAAUUCUUGAAAACUCCUUCAAAUGUGGACCAGCUUCCUACAAGGUCCACAGCUCCUGUUCUCCCCACGAACACUGUAUCUUCAGCAAAGCCAAGCCCUGCCCUGGUAAAGCAAAGCCAUCCUAAGAAUCCGAAUGACAAACACCGCAGCAAAAAGUGCAAAGAUCCCAAACCCCGGGUAAAGAAGUUAAAGUACCACCAGUACAUUCCACCGGAUCAGAAAGGUGAAAAGAACGAGCCGCAGAUGGACUCCAACUAUGCCCGCCUGCUCCAGCAGCAGCAGCUCUUCCUGCAGCUUCAGAUCCUGAGCCAGCAGCAGCAGCACUACAACUACCAGGCCAUCCUGCCUGCACCGACCAAAAAUGACAAAAAUAACAACAGUGGAAAUUCAUGUUUGAACAAUGCCACACCCAACACGCCAAGACAGAAUACGUCUGCUCCUGUGAGAAAGCCAGGACCUCUGCCUUCUAGCUUGGAUGACUUAAAGGUAUCAGAACUGAAGACAGAACUGAAGUUGAGGGGUCUGCCAGUGUCAGGCACCAAACCGGACCUCAUUGAACGUCUGAAACCCUACCAGGAGGCGAACAGCAGCGGCCUUGCCGCUGGCAGUAUUGUCGCAGUGUCAUCAUCAGCAAUCGUCACCAGUAACCCGGAAGUCACCAUGGCAUUGCCAGUCACAACACUUCAUAAUGCCGUGACUAGCUCAGUCUCCACUUUCAAGGCAGAAUUGCCAUCUGCUGUGCCUGGCAAUGUAGCCCAUGUCGAAAAUCUUCAUUCCCCACUGCCAGUCUCACCAUCACCUUCUGAACAGUCUAGUCUCAGUACUGAUGACACGACCAUGGCAGACACCUUCACUGAGAUUAUGACCAUGAUGUCUCCCUCACAGUUCUUGUGCUCAUCUCCCCUGAGAGUGGCCAACCAUGAAGACAGCCUGAGCCCCACCAGUAGCACUCUGUCGAACCUGGAACUUGAUGCUGCUGAGAAGGAUCGCAAGCUUCAAGAGAAGGAGAAGCAGAUUGAAGAGCUAAAGCGAAAACUGGAACAAGAACAGAAGCUCGUGGAGGUUCUGAAGAUGCAACUUGAAGUUGAAAAACGAGGGCAGCAGCAGCACCGGCCACCAGAACCCCAGCCCAGCACCCCUGCUCAUUCUGCCAGCACAUCAGACCAGAAACAUGGUAGCAUCGGUUCCUCUGUCAAGGACGAGGCCUUGCUGCCUGACUGCUCCAGCCCCCGGCAGCCCAUCCAGGCACCCAGCCACCCUGUAGGCCAGCCCAUCUCUACCAGUGCCCAGACCCUUGUUGCCAAAAAGGCCAUAGUCAUCAAACAAGAGGUCCCUGUGGCCCAGGCAGAACAGCAGAACGUAGUCUCACAGUUCUAUGUGAGUUCCCAAGGACAGCCACCCACUGUUGUUGCUCCACCCCAGGCCUUGCUGACCACACAGACUGCUCAGCUGCUGCUCCCAGUGUCUAUCCAAGGCUCCAGCGUGACGUCAAUGCAGCUUCCAGUAGGCAGCCUCAAGCUCCAGACUCCAGCACAAGCAGGAAUCCAGACUCAGCCUCAGAUUGCAACUGCUACGCCAGUCCCCGCUGCAGCCCUGCCCUCAGGCCUGGCCCCCACUGCACCUCAGAAGCAGGAUACUUUCCCACAGCAUGUGGUCAGCCAGCCUCAGCAAGUCAGAAAGGUUUUCACAAGUUCAGCACCAAAUCCAGUUCUUCCAUAUCCAAGACAAUCCACUCCAACAGUCCAGCAGCCCUUUAUUGCUAAGACGUCUACCAGCAUUCUUCAGUCGAGAACCACCCCGCUCCCCUCCCUGCAAAAUGGACCCAAUACUUCCAGCAAGCCUAGCUCGUCCCCGCCACCCCAGCAGUUUGUGGUCCAGCACUCUCUGUUUGGGACCCCAGUCACCAAGACGAAAGACCCACCCCGCUACGAGGAAGCCAUCAAGCAGACACGCAGUACACAAUCCUCCCUUCCAGAGAUUUCCAAUGCACACAGUCAGCAGAUGGACGAUCUCUUUGAUAUCCUCAUAAAGAGUGGAGAGAUUUCCCUUCCUAUAAAAGAAGAGCCUUCUCCAAUUUCCAAAAUGAGACCAGUGACAGCCAGCAUCACCACAAUGCCAGUCAACACAGUGGUGUCCCGGCCACCACCCCAAGUUCAAAUGGCACCACCUGUAUCCUUAGAACCUAUGAGCAGUUUAUCUGCCAGCUUAGAAAACCAACUAGAAGCCUUCUUGGAUGGAACUUUACCUUCAGCCAAUGAAAUUGCUCCACUACCAAGCAGCAGUGAAGACAGAGAGCCCUUCUCUCUGAUUGAGGAUCUCCAGAAUGACCUACUGAGCCACUCCAGUGUGCUGGACCAUUCACACUCACCCAUGGAGACUUCUGAGGCCCAGUUUGCUGCAGGUACUCCCUGUCUGUCUCUUGACCUUUCAGACUCAAACUUAGACAACAUGGAAUGGCUGGACAUCACCAUGCCCAACACAUCCUCAGGACUUACUUCUCUCAGCACCACUGCACCAACUAUGUUCUCUGCUGACUUUCUAGACUCCCAGGAUCUACCAUUACCAUGGGACUAACUUCACAGGUUGCCUGUCUCAGAGUUCAUGAGGUUUCAGAACAAGAAUUGAGAGGUCAGUUUUUAGAGAUAGCUAUAUAGUUGCAUUACUGCAAUCAAAAUAUGUUGUCAUGGAUGGAAAGUCAUAGCCUGGAAACCAAGUUUGAAAACAUUUCACUGUAUUUAGCAGUGAAUUUCUGCAGUGUAAUAUAGCACAGGGCCUUCUGAAAAA